ACCAGAUUCAGCUUGCGUUCUUAAAAAGAAAAACGAGCUGCCAUCCUUCAUGAACCUCAAUACAAACUCAGAUUAGCAUAAGGACGGGAAACAGCCUCCCACUUGUUCCACAAAACAGUAUUUUUGUGAAGAAAAAUGCUACAAAAGCUGUAGCUUGAGUGGUACCUUUUCAUAUACCUUAAAGGUAUAUUAGUUUCUGAUCACUAUCAGAAAGGUCUAUUACCUUUGGAAAAGGGUGCCACCCCAGUGACAACUUUUGUACCUUUAUUUUUGAGAGUGCAAUUUACAAUAACUAUUUUCUAUAUUAGUAUAUUUUAAUGUGUAAUUUAUUCCUGUUAAAGCUGAAUUUUCAGCAGUCAUUACUAAAGUCUUCAGAAAUCAUUCAGAUAUACUGAUUUGGUUCUCAAUAAACAUUUCUUAUUAUUUUUUAGUUUUGAAAACUAAUGAUAUGUCCAUUAGAAACAUUUCUGAAAUAUCAUGUGACAGGUAAUGGUAAUGGCUGCAGAAAAUUAAGCUUUUUACCAUAACAGGAAAAUAAUUACAGUUUAUAACAGAAAACUGUUAUUUUAAGUUGUUAAAAUAUUUCAAAAUUGUACUAAUUUUACUGUAUUUUUGAUCAGUUAUGAAGCUUUGGCGAGUAUAAGAGGCUACUUUCAAAAACAUUAAAACCACCUAUGCUAAUUUUAUAUCUGUGAAAUACUAAAGCAGAGUAGAAGCUGUAAAAUCUGUCACAUCUGAAUCAUGAGCCACAAAACUAACUCAGAUUAGCAUGAAGGCCGGAAACUUAAUAUCAUAACCUCCUUUAUGACCUCCCCUCAUCCCACAAUGAAGACAGAAGCUCUUCAGGCACUCUCUGCCAUCAUGAGUCUUCCAAUGCAGUUAUGUUUUUUGUUUCUCAUUUUCCUUUUUUGUAAAGUGGAUGGAAAUGUGAAACUUCAACAGAAAACUGCAAUGAUCAAAUCUGUGGACAAGACAGUUGUUAUAGACUGUAUUUUUCCAUCAGCCUGCAAUGGCUACAUUCACUGGUAUCAACUAAAAGAGAACCAGAUCUUAAGAAGAAUAUUAUAUUCAUCAAUUUCAAGUGGAGCCACAAGCAAUGAUGCUGGUUUUGAAUCAUUUAAAGUUGAUAAGAAACAGUCAAAUUUGGCUCUGAAAAUACCUGAACUGAAAGAAGAGCACUCAGCGGUGUAUUACUGUGCCUGCUGGAUCUCGGACAAGAAAGUCUUCGGUCCGGGUACUCGACUUUAUGUUACAGGAGAUAAGUUUGAGUCACCAAAAGUGUCUGGAUACCUACCGUACCGUAACGAAGAUGCCAAUCAGACAAUGUUAUGCAACGCAAGAGACAUGUUUCCUGACUUGGUAAAAUUCACAUGGGAAAAAAAGAAUGAAACAGUAGAUUGGACGAACGUGGAGGAUAAAUAUGUUGUGGAACAGAGUUACAAAGCUGAUGAAAAAGAUAAAAAGGUUAAAGUUAAAGCAGUGUCAAGUAUGAUGAUUAUAGAUAAAAACACAGCCAAAAGCAACGAGUUCCGAUGCACUGUUACCCAUGAGGGAAACACUGAGAAACCCCAAAUUAUUUUAAUGAAGAAAGUAAGCACGUUGAAAAAGAAACCUACAGAUAAUGAAAAGCCAACUUGUCCACCCACUGAUGAGACCAUAAUAAAUAAAAAAUCAGGAGAUUCGGAGCAAAUACGCAGUCUGUACAUGUUUGUCUAUGCAUAUGGUGUCAUGAUCAUGAAGAACGGAAUGUAUUUUUGUGUUGUGUUUAUCUUUCUAUUAAAGAGAAAAGCUGCAAGAAAGAAAGAUGAAAGCUCUUAGAGAUUUAAGAUAAAUAUCAAGUAAGCAAAGGUUUAUUAGCACAUUUCGCUGACUAAAGAACAUAUCUACAGCUAUAUUAUCUCUGCUUGAUCAUAUUGCUUUUAAAUUUGUUGUAGAUCUGCUUUGCACAAUUUAUUUUUACAUCUUUGAAAUGCAAUAUUUCAAUUUUUUUAAAUGUGUAAUGUACCCAAAUUUAAAAAUGUUAUUUGUAUUCACUUUGUAUUCUGUUUUUUAUUCUUUUGGUAUUCUCAGAAUAAAAUCUGCGCCUAAAAUAAAUGAAAUGUUAUUUUA